CUGUGCUUGCUUCCCCUUCACCUUCCAUCAUAAUUGUCACAUCUUCAGAUGUUUGUUCUCAUGAGGAAGUUGAGCACGGCCACAACACCAGAGAAAAAGUGCCCAGGGAUGGAAUCAGCUUAAUUUUGUUCUAGAAGAACUUCUCAUCCACAGGCUGAUGGGGGACAAAGGAACAAUGGUUGAAGCUUGAGUCUACCUGACAAUUGGAGUUUGUCAGCAUAAGAAGUAAUUGAGUCACAAGUACACUGAAGGAAGGGCUCCCUCGAGCUGCGGGGUGAAGAGAGAAAUCACCAGGACUCCAAAAAACCCUAGAAUUGACUAAUCAUUUCUCCUGCUACUUCCCCAACACAGACUAUGCACCCGACUGCUGCUGCUCAGUCCAGGGAAAAUGAAAGUUGGAGUGCUGUGGCUCAUUUCUUUCUUCACCUUCACUGAUGGCCACGGUGGCUUCCUGGGGAGAAACGAUGGCAUCAAAACAAAAAGGGAACUCAUUGUGAAUAAGGGAAAACAAUCAGGCCCAGUCCAAGAGUAUGAGCUGCUGCUUCAGGUGACCUAUGGAGAUUCCAAGGAGAAAAGAGAUUUGAGGAAUUUUCUGAAGCUCUUGAAGCUUCCAAUAUUAUGGUCACACGAGCUCAUGAUUAUCAGAGCAAAGGCUACCACAUACUGCAACAGCCUGAAUGGGGUCCUGCAGUGUACCUGUGAAGACGGCUACACCUGGUUUCCUCCCUCAUGCCUCGAUCCCCAGAACUGCUACCUUCACACGGCUGGAGCACUCCCAAGCUGUGAAUGUCAUCUCAACAAUCUCAGCCAGAGUGUCAAUUUCUGUGAGACAGCAAAGAUUUGGGGCACUUUCAAAAUUAAUGAAGGAUUUACAAAUGACCUUUUGAAUUCAUCUUCUGCUAUAUACUCCAAAUAUGCAACUGGAAUUGAAAUUCAGCUUAAAAAUGCAUACAAAAGAAUUCAAGGUUUUGAGUCUGUUCAGGUCACCCAAUUUCGAAAUGGAAGUAUCGUUGCUGGCUAUGAAGUUGUUGGUUCCAGCAGUGCAUCUGAACUGCUGUCAGCCAUUGAACAGGCUGCCAAGGAGGCUAAGACAGCCCUUCACAUGCUGUUUCCAUUAGAAGACAGCUCUUUCAGAGUGUUCAGAAAAGCCCAGUGUAAUGACAUUGUCUUUGGAUUUGGGUCCACGGAUGAUGAAUAUACCCUGCCCUGCAGCAGUGGCUACAGGGGAAGCAUCACAGCCAGGUGCCAAUCAUCUGGGUGGCAGGUCAUAAGGGAGACUUGCGUGCUCCCUCAGCUUGAAGAACUAAAGAAGAAUUUCAGUAUGAUUGCAGGCAAUGCCACUGAGGCAGCUGUGUCAUCCUUGGUGCAAAAUCUUUCCAUCAUCAUUCGGCAAAGCCGAUCAACCACAGCGGGGAAUCUGGCUUCAGUGGUGUCGAUUCUGAGCGAUAUUUCAUCUCUGUCACUGGCCAGCCAUUUCAGGGUGUCCAAUUCAACAAUGGAGGAUGUCAUCAAUAUAGCUGACAAUAUCCUUAAUUCAGCCUUAGUAACCAACUGGACAGUCUUACUGCAGGAAGAAAAGCAUGCCAGCUCACGGUUACUACAGACAUUGGAAAACAUCAGCACUCUGGUGCCUCCGACAGCUCUUCCUCUGAACUUUUCUCGGAAAUUCAUUAACUGGAAAGGGAUUCCAGUGACCAAAAGCCAACCCAAAAUGGAUUACAGCUAUCAGAUUGAAAUAUUUCCCCAAAAUUCAAGUAUUCCCAUCAGAGGCCGUGUGUUAAUUUGGAAAGACCAAUUCCAGAGAUCCCUUCCAGAAACUAUUAUCAGCAUGGCCUCGUUGACUUUGGGGAACAUUCUACCCAUUUCCAAAAAUGGAAAUGCUCAGGUCAAUGGACCUGUGAUAUCCACAGUUAUUCAAAACUAUUCCGUAAAUGAAGUUUUCCUAUUUUUUUCCAAGAUAGAGUCAAACCUGAGCCAGCCUCAUUGUGUGUUUUGGGAUUUCAGUCAUUUGCAGUGGAACAAUGCAGGCUGCCACCUAGUGAAUGAAACUCCAGACACCGUGGUGUGCCGAUGUACUCACUUGACCUCCUUCUCCAUGUUGAUGUCACCUUUUGUCCCCCCUACGAUCCUCCCCGUGGUAAAAUGGAUCACCUAUGUGGGACUGGGUAUCUCCAUUGGAAGUCUCAUCUUAUGCCUGAUCAUCGAGGCUCUGUUUUGGAAGCAGAUUAAGAAAAGCCAAACCUCUCACACACGUCAUAUUUGCAUGGUGAACAUAGCCCUGUCCCUCUUGAUUGCUGAUAUCUGGUUUAUUGUUGGUGCCACAGUGGAUGCCAUGGUGAACUCUUCUGGAGUCUGUACAGCUGCUGUGUUCUUUACACACGUCUUCUACCUCUCUUUGUUCUUCUGGAUGCUCAUGCUUGGCAUCCUGCUGGCUUACCGAAUCAUCCUUGUGUUCCACCACAUGGCCCGGCAUUUGAUGGCGGCUGUCGGAUUUUGCCUGGGUUAUGGGUGCCCUCUCAUUAUAUCUGUUAUUACCAUUGCUGUCACACAACCUAGCAAUACCUACACAAGGAAAGAUGUGUGUUGGCUUAACUGGUCCAAUCGAAGCAAACCACUCCUGGCUUUUGUUGUCCCUGCACUGGCUAUUGUGGCUGUGAACUUCCUUGUGGUGCUGCUAGUUCUCACAAAGCUCUGGAGGCCGGCUGUUGGAGAAAGACUGAGUCGGGAUGACAAAGCCACCAUCGUCCGCAUGGGGAAGAGCCUCCUCAUUCUGACCCCUCUGCUAGGGCUCACCUGGGGCUUUGGAAUAGGAACACUAGUGGACAACCAGAAUCCGGCUUGGCAUGUUAUUUUUGCUUUACUCAAUGCAUUACAGGGAUUUUUUAUCUUAUGCUUUGGAAUACUCUUGGACAGUAAGCUGCGACAACUUCUGUUCAACAAGGUGUCUGCCUUAAGUUCUUGGAAGCAAACAGAAAAGCAAAACUCAUCAGAUUUAUCUGCCAAAUCCAAAUUCUCAAAUCCUUUCAACCCACUGAAAAACAAAGGCCAUUAUGCAUUUUCUCAUACUGGAGAUUCCUCCAAUAUCAUCAUGCUAACUUAGUUUUUCUCAACUGGAUAAGGCAAGGAACCAUAAAAUCAAGAAAAAAAUUUCAAAACAACUUGACAUUUAGAGAUAAAUGUCAAUGAAGAAAUUAUGCUCAGUAUUCGAUCGGGUUUUCUGAUUUAAGGGUCUGGGAAUAAAACAAGAAUGUCUCAGUGGUUUCA